AUGAGGUACGAUGGGACCCAAGACCCCCAAGAGCAUCUAAUGGCCUUUGAGUCCAGGAUGAACCUGGAAGGGGUGGGUGACGAAGUCAGGUGUCGCGCCUUCCCUGUGACCUUAGCGGGACCGGCAAUUCAGUGGUUCAAUUCUCUCCUCCAAGGCUCCGUAACCACCUUUUCCGACAUCGGUCGCGCCUUCCUGGAUCAAUUCACCACACGUAUCGCUAAAGCAAAGCACCUGAUCAACUUGCUCGGGGUGACAGAGAAAACUGGCGAACCGACUAGGAAGUACCUGGACAGGUUCAAUGACGAGUGCUUGGAGAUUGACGGUCUAACCGACUCGGUGGCCAGUUUGUGCUUAACGAACGGUUUGCUGAACAAGGAUUUCAGAAAGUACCUCACCACCAAGCCCAUGUGGACAAUGCAAGAAAUUCAAAACGUAGAUAGGAAGUACAUCACUGAUGAGGAGGUUGGUCAGGUCGUGGCAGCCAACAAGCAGCAGCCCACCUACAACCAUGCCUGCUAG